GACCAUGUUCGACGAAGCCCGCCAAGCAUUGCAAGAAUAUGAGAAGGAAUCGAUGGCUGAAAUACGCCAGGCAUUUGAUGAUGCUUACCGUGUUCUCUCCACGUUGGAGGGGGAUCACAAGACAGGGGAGCGACCCCAGACCAAGCGAGAUAUCCUACGGGAUAAGGUAGAACAGCUCAAAGAGCGCUAUGCCUCGCUAAAAUGUGAUGCCUGUGCCGAGAAUGGUACAGAAUGCUCUUGGUCAAUGCUGCCAGAGAGCUUCCUCUGUGACACCUGUGAGCGAACCUCAAAUCGACGGAUCGGGUGCAGUAUAGAUGGAGAGCCGAGUACAGAGCGUAAACGAGAGUGGCACCUCUACUCCCGUCAGGGUGGUGGCCUCACUCGAGCGACCCCAGCCAAGCGCCGUCUCAGUGAUAUUGGUAGCUCUGAAAACGAGAUAGGAAGGGCACCAAAACCCAAAAAACGUGUUCGAAUCGAAGAGGAGAAUGAAAACAAGAACAUAUCGAAGGAAGCGGCGGAUCUAUUGGUUGCAACAUUUGAAAAGCUCUUUGAGCAUUGGAGCGACAAGAAAACACACCACCAGUAG